AUGUAGUAAAUUGAAGAACUUAUAUGUCCAGAAUGUCAAAUGAUGUUUAACGAGUAUGAUAAUUUACCAUUGAUGCUUCCAGAUUGUGGACAUACUAUAUGUUAAAAUUGUAUUUAAUAAAUGCUAAUCAAUUAAAAGUAUAUUGUGUGUCCUGAAGAUGGGUAAACAGAUUGUUAAUACUAGUAUUAUGGCCAUAAAUAAAAGUGACAUCUCAUAAUUUCCAAAGAAUUGCCAAUUGUUAAAAAUGGUCAUUAAACAUAAGGCCUAAUACUAAUAAAGCAGAUAAUCAGCAAGAAAUGAUGAUGCUGAUAUAGGAUAUCAACUCUAAUUGAAUAACUUAAUUUAAAAUGAUAUUCCAAAUGAUUUAUGUUAGGAGCACCUAGAAAAAUUGGAAAUAGUAUGCCUUACAGAUCAAGUCAGAAUUUGUACAAGAUGUGCAUUAUUUGGAUAGCAUCGACAUCAUGAGGUUCGUUCUGUUGAUGAUGUUGUAAAAGAGAUAACUCAAAAAGCUGAAAUUAUUAUGCAGAUAUACUAAAAGAUACUCUAAAAAUAAAGUGAAUUAACUGAGUCAAAGUAUUUUGAACCACUAUAAGAAAGAUUUUCAAUUGUACUUACUGAAAGUCAUAAUACAGUCAAGGAAAAAUUCAAAGAACUGCAUUAAUUAUUAGAUCUCAAGGAACAGAGACUUAUUGAAUAAUUAACAACUUUAACUCAAUCACUAGAACAAUAAACUAGAAAAUAAAUCAAAGAAUUGUUACAAAGUUCAUUAUCUUAGGCGGAAUUAUGGAAGAUUACAGCUAAGGAUAGAUUGGUUUAUUUCUCAACCAAAACAGAAAAUGGGGAAUUGCCUUUAGAUUUAUUGAAUAAUUAAGACUAUGUUUGUGUAGACAAGGGAAAGGGAAUUCAUGAGGAAUUGGAGAAGAUAUAAAAAUAAUUAGAUCUUAAGCUAUAGAAUAUCAAAAUAAAGAAAUUAAGAGUUGAUCUCAAAAAAACUGAAAUCGAUAAGUGUUUUGAUAAUCUCUUUACCAUAACAUUACAAUUGAGUAAUGUCAAUAAUCCAACCAAUAUGAUAAAAAGUAGUCAAAUUUUAAAAACUAUCAAUACUUUAACAGAUUCAACAUUAUUGUAAGACAUGAAAAGAAAUGAGAGUUUUAGUAAAUUAUGUGGCUAAGAUGUUUUCUCAAGUUUUUGUUAAGAUGAACCAAUGCUACUAAAAGAUAUAUCUAUGGCCGAUUGGAGUGAGAGUCUUAUGGAAGAAACCACAAAUAUUACUCAAGUGAGAAGUCCAAAUAGAAGUAGCUUAGAUUAAGAGGAUUUUGUUAAAAAUAAAAUGGGAUUAGGGUUGAAGGAACUGAAAGAAAUUUAACCUGUAUCGGUUUCUUAAAAUAUUUAAUCGACCACUCCUACCAAACCAGAGAGAAUUUAGAUUAGGGCUUUAGAGAAACUUAAAGGCUCUUUUUUAUAACCUAGUCCUGGUAGGAGGGAACUAGAAUAGGUCAAUUCCAUUAGACAAGGAGUUAGUCCUAAUACUAAAAUUUAGGAUUGCAAGAAGAAAAAAAUGUUUAAGAUCAAUGAGAAAUUUGAAAGUGUCUGGCAAGCAUUUAAAAGUGAUAAUCUAGAAAUUGCUGAUUUCUCAAGUGCAGGUAUAUCUUUAAUUAUUAUUAUCUUAGAUUUGGGGGAUGAAGGAGUAUAAUUUAUUGGUGACAUUCUCAGAAUAUCAAAGAGAGUUAAACAACUUAAAUUGGUGAGGAAUAAAAUCACUGACGAAGGGGCAUGCAAGUUAUUAGAUUAUCUAGUAUAAAAUACAAAUUAAGUGUUUUAAAGUCUGCAUUUGUCAUCAAAUAUGGUAACUGAAAGGACUCUAGAUUAUUUUAUUUCUUUAGUCAGAAAUUCCUCUUCUGGUAGUUCCUUGCCCAAAUCCUUAUACUUAAACCAAACUUUGAUAAAUGCAACCAAAGCUAAAAAGAAAAUUGAAGAUUUAAGGCGUGUUGGAUAUUUAGUGAAUAUUUGA